CGUCACAGUCUCAGACCAACGAUCAAACUCUUACGAGCUCCAUUAGCGCGCGCGGUUCCCCGUCUAAUUGUUAUCGAGACCAAAAUGUGUGUGAUUGAUCGCUGUGGCAGUGCUGCUGCAACUUGCGAUUGAGUGGAAAAUCUGAGAAAAGUAAUUGCAAAAGUAAAAGUGGAAAAGUGAGAAAAAUGCGAAGAGUGAAAUAUUUUAGUGUGUGGCAAGUACCAAGUCCAAGUCCCAGCAGCUUCUUCUCACAAUGGAAUCGCCACUCACAAAGCAUAGAUAAAGUGAUAAUACCCCGAAGGCCAAUUUGUAUAUGAAAGCGUGGUAGAUAAUGCCGUCGGGUCAUUACUUAUAUAACAACUGAACAACAAGUGAAUUAGCAUACAAAUGAAAAGUGUGAAUACCAAAAAUAUUGAUUGAUUUAAAGCUACCAUAAAACUAGCACUUUGGAUGCAGAUAUCGGUUUCGGAUUUAACAGCAAUAAAUACACAAUGAACGGCCUCAAAAUGGGCAACAUCAUCACCAUCACCAUCUUUGUUGGCCGAGAACGUGAUCGCCUUCAGGCCAAGAUCGGACUGAGCCAGCGCCAUCAUCAUCAACAUGGCGAUGUCACCUGUCUUGGAUGCGGCUGCCAUUGCCGCUCGCCGUGAUCUCAAUGGGAAUAAGACGGCGGCAGGCACACGAACGCGCUCUGGAGCCACCUCAGCCACAAAUUCACCGCGUAAAUCGAAAAAGACUAUAAUUAAUUGGCUGGUGAACAGCAGUGCAGAUAGUGAAAACAAUAAUCCCAAAGCAAAUACCAAUCCCAAUCCAAAUCCAAAUCCAAAUCCGAGUGCGAAUCCAAAUUGCAAUUGCGAAUCGCGGGCCUUUCGUGAUUUUCGCGGUGUGCAAACUCUGCGUUUGCUGUGGAGCAAGCGCAUCAAGAGUGCCAGCGAGGAAGCCCAGGCCAGUCCAGGUUACCACUCCACCUCCACCUCCACCUCCUCCUCGCUGGGCACCUUGAAGAAGCUAAACAAGAGUGUCAGCUGUCUGGUGAAUGCCUUCAACAACUCAAGAGAUUGUGGAACACCGGAGAAAUCGCUGGCCAAACGUGCUGCCAGUUUGCAUAAUCUGCAGGAAGCGAAUAACCGAAAUCUUCAACUUCAAAGGGAAAAGGAUAAUUUCUACAAAUACAAGAACGCCGAGCAGGCCAGGAUGCGGGCCAAAAUGAGCAGCGAACACAGUGAGGCCAGUGAAAAGCGCCUGAAAAGUGACGACAGCAGCAGCAGCUCACCUGCCAUGGCAGUCUUAUCAGCGGGAGAUAAGGUGGAACCAGAGGUGGCAGCAGAGGAGGAGGAGGAGGAGGAGGAGGAGCAGGUCGAACUGCGGGCCAAGCGAGAGCGUAAUCGCGGCGAGCUUUUCAGUCUCAGCGCGACGAGCGCCCUUAACGGCGACGGUGGCGGCAGUAGCGAUUCUGUAAACACUGCCCAUUCUCGGGCCUCCACCUCGAUCUCCUCCAGCGUCACCCACACCACAUCGGCCACGGGACGUUCCGGGGGUCGUCGCAAAUAUAGCUUUAAAACGCAUGCCGGGAAGUCGUAUCUCCAGCACCAUCACUCAUCCAGAAGGAUUAGCGGGAUGGAUAUGUCGCUCAGCUCCGGAUCCAGCUCCGGUGGCGGCAUCAGUCUGGUGGCCAAGCUGACGCAGCAGUUCAACGAGAUCAUCCAAAAGGAUGCCCGACUCCUGGAGCAGGUCAAGCGGAACAAUGGGGUGUGGCUAUCACGGGGAACUCAUGUCUACAAAAUAGUGGAGAAGCAACCUGCCGCCGAGUCUGGUGAGGAAGGUAACCGCAUCUCCAUGGUCCAGCGAAAUAUCAAAAAGUUCGAGAAGCUGGAGAAGCCCAGUGUGCCACUGAAGAGUGAGCAAUUGAUGCGGAAGCACCAGGAACUGAUGGCUAGUGGUUCCACUGCCAGGGGAAGCACUCUUCCGCGAGGUCCACGGACCAAAAGGAAUCUCAAGCUGCCGGCGGGAAGUCCAGGCAUACCCGAACUGCCGGUGGUCAGUGAGGAGGUCAAGACACCCAAGGAGCCAGCUAAGCAACCAAAGUCAAGUCCCACAGAGUCACAGCCUGAUGAGCAUCAAGAAGCUAAGGUUGAGAAGCCCCAGGAUGAGCUUGAUCUUGCUGCGGGUGAGGAACAGGAGGAGGCGGAGGAGGAGGAUCUGCGUCAGAAGCAAAGGAAGCACAAGUAUGCCACCAUCUAUGAGAAACUUAGGUUUACCUUUGCCAAGGGCAGGAAAUCAGCUAGUCCCUCACCCACAAAACACAGAUCCAAGGAGGAGGUGUCCCAGGAAGAGGAGGUGGUGUCGAAGGAGCCAGUUUCUAAGGAGGAACCUCCCGAGGAGGAAUCUACCAGCGAUGUGGAGCUCAGGCUGAAAAUACCCAAGGAAGAGGUUUCCAGGAAAGACGAACCUAAGCUAGAGGAUCCUUCACCCGUACUCCCCCUGCCUCCCUGCAUUGAUGCCGAUUCCAAGAUCCUAGAUGCCCUCGAGGCUGUGGAUCAGAAGCUCAAAGUGCUCAAUCCUCCAAGUGAAAUGUCCUCGCAGGAUGGUGAACUUCUACUAGGAGCCAACAAUGACUUUGAGCAGCGCAUCCUGCCCAACAACUCCUUCGUCUAUCAGGCGGCCAAUAAGCAAAUCUCCAACAAUCAGAUCCUGCUCAACCAGGCGGUAAAUGUCACCCUGGUCAAUGCCAUCGAGGGUGAGCAGAUGAUCAUGGAGCAGAAGCAGCUGAUGAAGGACAAGGCAAUGGAGCUCAAGGCGGAGCAGAAGAAGGAGGAGGAGCUGCCGGAACCCGAAUCCAUCUACGAACCCAUCACACCCAUUGGCAGUGAGACCAAGACUGAAACCCCAAUCUCCAGCCUCUUCAAGAUUGCCGCUCAAAAGUCUGAGAUUGUGGAGGAUAUAUACCAAACCCUGGAGGAGACAACCAAGAGCACUGCCAAACCCAAACUGAACAUCUGGCUGGAGGGCUAUGAGUCCAUUGCCGGCUCCCAGGAGUCAUCUCCACCAGCCUUCGAUGGCUACGAGUGCAUUGGCCAAGAGGAGAUGGUAAGCACACCCAUAAUCCUGGGAACUGGCACCUUGGGUCGCAAUACCCGGGAUCAACUGCCGGAGCUUCCCAAGCCCAUGAGAGUGCUCCCGAAAUCAGCGACGCCUCUGCGACCUGCUCCUCCCAAGCCGGGGACUAAGGACUCCGAGGAUGAUGAGAAUAUCUACGAUACCAUCAAAGGAUGCUACGAGUCCAUGCACUGCAAGACCUCCUCCUCCUCCUCAUCCAGCGGAGGAGCUACCCUCACCACAGAUGCCAUUUCCCUGGGCUCCAAUUGUUACGAGAGCAUUGCACAUUUCCGCAAGGCAAAGAUGGCCACGGGACAGAACCAGGGAUCAGCCGGGAGCUGCAUCCAACUCUCGAGCAGUGGUUCCACCUUGACCAUCUCCUCGGACCACAAGACCAAUAGCUUGUACGAAUCCUCACUGGCGGCCAAUGGAUGCGUUGUCUACGGAAGUGCCAGUGUGGGUUGCCGCUCCUCCGUGGGCAGCAGUGCCGGAAGUCGGGACAGCGGAAAACCCGGUGACAAGAGAUCCUCGAUAGCCGGUUCCAGUGAUAACAGCGAUGCCUGGGUGGACAUCUCGGAUGGCGAACAUGGACACACGAAGGUGGAGCUGGCCACCGAGGCUCAGUUUAUUGUUGUUCGGGAACGCUUUAAGCCGCAUCGCACACGGAGCCCCGAUUGGUCGAAACGCAUCAGAGACAAAAGACUGCAGAAGAAGGCGAUAAGCUGCAUUGAGGAUGACUCCGAUCACUACUACGAAACACUUUCGCCUCUUGGUAACAAACGCCAUUCGACGCAGUUGCUCCAUCCUAACCAGGAUGUGAUUCGAACCAGUGGAAUCCGGUCAUCUCAGCGUCGCUCUAAGAAUCACUCCGCCUCCGCACAUGCCCUGGGUGAGCAUGUGGUCAUCUCGGAUGACUACGACUCCUUUGAGACAGACAGCGAUGAUCCAGGCGAGGGAGAGCCCGACCAGCAACAGCGAAAUCACAACGACAGCGGUGUGGACAUGCGAAACCAUCGCCUGCCGAAGCCACCUCCUGCCCAAAAUCAAGUUUACGAGUUCGUUCGCAAAUUCCGGGAUUUUAUCUCCAGCAAGAAAUCCCCAAAGGGCAGUCAGCAAAAGCUGUACGAGAAUACCCCGGCGGCCACCCAGUUCUACGUGGAGAGUGGCAAGAGGCAACCGGAGGUAAGGGAGUACGAGAACACAGAGUACGGGCCAGAGAGGAAUCCCGUGGCCACAAGUCCGCACCAGGAACAGGCGCCAGUGCUGAGGGCCAAGCAGAAGAAUGGAAAGAGUCUGCGUUCUCGUCUUCGCAAGAGUCUGGUCGGAUCCAGCUUCGACACCAAGCAUCUGGCCUCUUUGACGGAAACACGGAGCACCUUCUAUGUGGAGGACCCCGAGGGAUCGCUGCUGACCCUGCAGUUGCCUUCCCCCGAGAUGCAUGGCUCUGGGGAACUGGAUUCUGGCUUCUGCGAGAAAACUUGCACGCCCACGGCCGAAUCGCAGAAGUUCUCCACGGUGUCUCGCAAGGCCAAGAAGGAGGCGAAGGCCACCAGACGUCGCACAACCAUUGGACUGCGUCCUCAUGAGCCGCCGCCUCCACCUCCGCCGCCAAUUGGUGGCAGUAAGACACCCACGGAUACGGAGCUGCGGGAGCAGGAACCUGGCCAGACCACCUCCUGGUAUGCCGAGUGCGGUGUCUUCAAGCAGGCUAGUAAUUCGGCAAGUUCGCCACGUGGCGACGAGCCAGUCACCCCCACGCCCAGUGCCGGAGGCGUUAGUUCGUGGUAUGCAGAGUCAGGUCUCUACCAGACCAGCGGCAUAUCCGUGGCCAGCUCCAGCGGCAGUUCCGGUGUCUCCACUGGCAACGAGGCUGGUCUGGGUGAUGAGCUGAACUCCGAGCCGCACAGCCUGUUCUCCAACGAGCCCCUCUAUCAGAUGUACAGCGCCGCCAAGCUGGAGUCCAUUACACGUGACCUGGAGGCGCACGAGGGAUCUGCAGAUGGUUACGAGGAGAUAGGUCAGCAUGCCAAGCAGAAGACAGAGCCACUGGCGAAACCAAGACCCACAGCCCUGCAGCUGGUGGAGCCCAAGAAUGGACCUUCGCGGACACUGUGGAGUGAGAUCCCAGAGGUCAUUCAGUCCUGCAUUCUGCCCACCUUGACUAGUCGGGAGCGCAGCUUGCAGGAGGCCAAAUUCGAGAUCAUCACCUCGGAGGCCAGUUACCUAAAGUCCUUGAACCUGCUGCGUCGCCACUUUAUGAACCACAGUGCCUUCAUGGAUACUUCGGUGCUGAGUGGCCGGGAUCGGAAGGCUCUCUUCUCCUACAUCGUGCCCGUGCACGAGUGCUCGGAGCGACUGCUCACCGAGCUGGAAGCCUGCUGGCAGGAUAACAUUAUGCUGCUGGGACUGAGUCGCUGCAUCUACGAGAUCGCCGAGCGGCACUUUCAUGUCUAUGUGGCCUUUUGUGAGCAUCAGGGACGAAUGGAUAGGACACUGCGUCGGCUAAAGGAGUCCAAGGAGUCGAGUGCCUUCCAGCAGCACUUGGAGCGACUGGAACAGAGUCCCAGCUGCUGUGGCCUCAACCUGCACUCGUUCCUGAUGCUCCCCAUGCAGCGCAUCACCCGGCUGCCGCUCCUCAUCGAUGCGGUGUUCAGCAAAGAGUCGCCGCUUAAUCGUGAGGAAUACGAAAGCUGGAAGCUGACUCUGGCCCUGGUCCAGAAAAUAGUGGCGCAGUGCAAUGAGGCGGCCAAUCGCUGGGAGCAGGCCUACGAGCUGGAAAGGAUUGCCCGCCAGCUGGAGUUCCCCUCGCAUGUUCGUGCUCUUGCCAUCACGCCCAUGGGUGUACCACGAGCGGGCUCAAAGCCACGCUUCCUGGUCAAGAGGGGUGAACUCACCCAUCUGAUUUGGCGCGGCGAGGAUGCCAAGCUGACCUUUGGCAAGCGCCUGACCAAGGCCAGCAUCUACGCUUUCCUUUUCUCGGACCUCCUGGUCCUCUGCAAGCGUCGCGGCGAAUCCAACUUCACCGUCUUUGACUAUUGCCCGCGGAGCAUGCUGACCCUGACCGCCGGCGACACUCUGCCCCAACUGCCCACCAAGGACCUCAAGGAUCAGGCCGGCAAGAACCUCAUGCUGAUGACGCUGCUGGAGAACUGCGAUCGCAAGACUGUCGAGCUGGUGCUGUCCUGCCCAUCGGUGUCCGACCAGCAGCGCUGGUUGCAGGCCAUGCGACCGCCCGAGGCGGAGACGCCCGGCGAGAAGCUCUACGAGUCCUGGGACUGUCCCCAGGUGGUGGCCAAGCACAGCUACGAGUCCGAUGAACCGGAUGUCCUUCAGCUGGAGCUGGGCGAUGUUGUCAAUGUUUCCCGCAAGCUGCCUGAUGGCUGGUACCAGGGUGAAAGGAUACGGGAUGGCGCCGUCGGCUGGUUCCCAGGAAGCUACACCGAGGAGUUAAACUCGGCGCAUGUUCGCGCUCGCAACCUUAAGCAGCGGCACCGCCUGCUCACCUUUACGGCCACUUACCUGGAGGCGCAGAAGGGCAAGUGAUCUGGGUCAGUCUUGAGCUGAGCAGGCGAGGAACGCCAACCAUUUAUAGUCCGAAAAAACCAUAUACCAUUAUAUAUAUAUAUACACUUUAGGAAAUGUGAUAAUUAUUUAAUUGGAUGUCAAAGCUGAUGAAACGGGAAUCUUAACCAUAUCUUCCCCUAGAUAGUAAGACAUAGCGAAUAGUUGUAUUUAUGGAUAAUUGUGUGUUGAUAUGUAAGUGAAUUCUCGAUAAACAAAUAAAAAACUAAAUGAAAGCAAUAAGAAAAACAUCAA